AUGAAGUAUCCUUCCUCUAAUCCGAAUUCUCUUUCUCAAUUCAUUGACAUUCUUAAUAAGAACAUAUGUUCUCCUCAACCAGAUCUUGAAGAGACUACCAAGUCGAAGAAUCACACCGCUCACAACCAGUCCUACAAGGCACACAAAAACGGCAUCAAGAAGCCCAAGCGGCACCGCCACAAUUUCACCAAAGGGAUGGAUCCCAAGUUUCUGAAGAAUCAUAGGUACACUAGGAAGCACAACAAGAAGGAUGUUGAAUCUGUCACUGAAGAAGAGUAAAGUGCUGGUCAGUGGUCACUGAUGGAGCUAUUUGGAUUCUUAGCUUAGAUUUCUUAUUCAGGCUCUAUAUGUUUUGUUUUGUUUCAAACCUAUCUCUAUAUUACAGUCAUUUUCAUGGUUUGUUCUGAAUCCAGACAUAAUGGAAUGGUUGAUUUGAUAACAUUAUUGUUCUAUUUUGUUGAAGACAUUUAAAUUUCAUCAGAGUUUUAGUUCCCAUAUUAAAUUGAAAAAGGAAAGCUCAAACUUCCUUUCAUAUCUGUGUUUGUAUUGCUAUAUAUGUUUGUACUGCCACGACGUAGAAAUUAGAAACCCACAUGCUUGCUACA